AUGUACCCCUCUCCUGAGGUUGAACAACAUAGUGAGAAAAAUGACGAUUCCUCCAGUUCUGAGAAGGACAUGGCUGCUGAAGAUGUCCCUGACAUCUCCCCUGUGAAGAAAACCACUGUGAGGAAGUCCCCUGGUAAAGUUGUUGUUGUGCAUUUGGAUAAUAUCUCUUUCCAUCUUGAGGACGAAGCUGCCAAAUGGAAAUUUGUGAUUCAAAGAAGGGUGGCUGUGGAAAGGGAGUUAGGAAAGGAUGCUGCUGAAAUCAAGGAGGUCAUGGACCUGAUAAAGGUUGCUGGGUUGUUGAAGACUGUGGCUGGGUUCUCUCAGUGCUAUGAGGGUUUAGUUAAGGAAUUCAUUGUCAACAUUCCUGAGGAUAUUGCUGAUAAGAAAAUCAAGGAAUUUUGCAAAGUGUUUGUGAGAGGAAGAAGAGUUAAGGGUGCAGGUGAACUGGAAGCUACAGACAAUAAGGUCUGUAGAGAAAUUACAUCAAGGCAGGUGAAAGGAUGGCCUAUUAAAAAGCAUCUUCCUGUUGGGAAGUUGACAGUCAAGUAUGCAAUAUUGCAUAAAAUAGGAGCUGCAAAUUGGGUGCCUACCAACCACAUUUCCACAAUUGCUAAUACCCUUGGAAGGUUUAUUUUUGUUGUUGGAACCAAACUGAAUUUUGACUAUAGUAGAUUUAUGUUUGAACAAAUCAUCAAGCAUGCAUCUACUAAUGCAGUUAAGCUGCCUAUUGCCUUUGCCUAUAUGAUUUGUGGGAUUAUCCUGAAUCAACAUCCUGGAGAUUGUAAAGAGCUGGGUGAAGGGAUAAGGGUAGAAACAGCUAGGAAACAAUCAUUGGAAGCAUUGAUUGCAAGCUUGGAGCAAGCUGAAGGGGAAAAUAUUGAUCAUGCUAAGGAAGUUGAAGCCCACACCUCUAGUGAGAGGUUUGCAACUAAUGAUGAGACAAGUGGUAAUUCUGUUUCUAGUGUUGAUGAAGCUGCAAGCUCAAGCUCCUCUGAUUAG